AUGCUAGGAGCGACUUGGCCUGUUAGUUGGUCUCAAACCAACAUCCUGGUAUUUGGACGCGGGAAUCGAGUCAACAUUAAAAACUUGGCCACGAAUGCAGAUAUCGUUGGACUGGCCAAAGUCAAGGACCAUCACGGCUUCCUGCGUCUCCUUGAUUGCGGCGGCGAAGACAACCCUCACACAAUGGCGCUCUCGACGUCCAAGGGCCUUGUGCAGGUCUGGGAUCUAGCUGCUCAAAAGAUGACAACGAGCUGGUGGACGAAGCCAGCCACAGCGAUGAAAUGGAACGGCCCCGUCUUGACAGUGGGAGGAGAGAAAGGAUCGAUCAGACACUUCGACACCAGGAUCAAAGAGACGGCCAAAAUGAAAGAGCAGAACAAGAAGGUGCUGCGGCACCAGUCGAUGAUCUCUGCCCUUGCCUGGCACCACGAAGGAAAAAUUCUGGCGAGUGCGGACAACGGUGGCACGGUGUACUGCUGGGAUGCGCGCCAAAAUGCGCCUUUGGAUGUUGGAGAUCUCAUUCAGAGGCGGAGGAAGAUGCAACACGUUGGGGCUGUCAAGGGUCUUGCUUGGUGUCCGUGGUCUUCUUUGAAGAUGCUAGCCACGGGUGAUGCCGCGCCUAAUGGGACAGGGACCAUCAGGUUAUGGAACGUUACAGGGUCAACAUCCCAAAAUCCUAACCCAGAUGUCCUAGAGCUCGAUGCUCGAAUUACGUCGCUUCAUUGGUCCACCCAGUGCAAAGAAUUAUUGAGCACACAUAGCACGGGCAAGGCUUUAGACGCAACCACAUCUGUGGCAACCCCAACAUCUUCCCAGUCGUCCGGAAUGGCCAAUUGCGUCGCCGUUCACUCCUACCCAACCCUCGCUCGCGUCAAAACCGAAUACCCCGCGACAUCAGCUAUUGCUGGGAGCGUCAUGAGCCCUAAUGGAUUGAAGAUAAUUUUUGCUGUGCCUGAGGAUAAGCAGUUGAAGGUUUGGGACGUUUGGGGGAAAAAGAAGGAAUUGAGGAGGCAGCGCAGCGUGGUGGAACCCAACGGGAUUCGGUAA